GGGCCCUCGACGCCUGCGGCGUCCUUGGGAUCGCGCGCGACUCCACGGGUGCGGAGGCCAAGCAGGCACGCCAUGCCUUGGCGCUCAAGCACCUGCUGGACAGGGCCACGGGGGAGUUGCAGCAGGCGGCCGCCCAGCGCUUCCAGGGGAUCCGGGCCGCCCACGAUGCGAUCCGCCCCGCCAGCCGCAAGCACCGUGACGCUGGCAUCGCGGGCCAGGCUCUCGAGAAGGCGCGCCUGGUGGCCGCGUGCGAGGCCAGCGCCGCUGCUCGCCCGAGGCGCCUUGCGGAGGACGCCGCCGACGUCCACGAGCAGGACGCCACUGGACGCACGGCGCUCUUCAGCGCGGCCUCCGCCGCCUGCGUGGAGGCCUUGCGGCUGCUGUUCUGGCACGGCGCGGACGGGGAGGACCGAAGUUGCGCUGGGCGCAGAUGCGUGAUGUUCGCGGUGGGGGCGGGGCUGAAGGUGGACAGCGAGGCCAAGGCGCGCCAGGCAUUUCGCCGCCUGGACGCUGUGCGCCUCCUGCUCGACGAGGGCGCCCCCGUCAACGCUGCCACGAGCUGCGGCCUGACGGCGCUCGUGCUGGCCUGCGCUUCCGGGGGGGCGGACGUGUGCGCCACGACGGACAUCGGCCUGACGCCGCUGGCGAUGGCCGCCGCCACAGGGCGGGGCAGCGGGUGGGUGGCGGAGCGCCUCCUGGCUGCGGCCGCGGACCCCGACGGCCCAUGUGGUGGUGGGAGGACGCCGCUCAUAGUCGCUGCUGCCCAAGCUCACGAGGGCACUGUGGCAGCCCUCGUUGUUGGGAGAGCAGGCGCCAACUGGACAUCCGACGACGGCCACUCCGCCUUGCUCCACGCCGUCCAGCAGGGGCUCAAGGACGGCCUGGUCCCCGAGCUGCCUGGCCCGGGGGCCGAGGCGCCCGCUGCACGCGGCGAGCGCGGGCGGCAGCGCGGCGAUGGUGGAGCUGCUCUCGCGGGCGGCGCCGGCAGGGACGAGGUCCUGCGCGCCCUCGCCGCCCCGCCGCGCGGAGGCAGCAGCGCCACGGCUUCGCCGGCGUCGCUCGGCUGCGGCUUCGCCGCGCUCGCGACCUGCGCGUGA